AGAAACUUUCAUUGACAUUUGCUGCUUUUUCCAGUUUAAGGGAUGUCAGAGUAGCAGAAGGUUGUCCAAGCAUCCCUUUGUCUGCAAGCUCUUUUCUCUGGAGGAUGAGCAGGUGGGGAGAACGACUGAAGAAGGUGGAGCAGCUUGCUGAGUCAUUCCAGCAGCAUCCCCUGACGACACGCUACAAACCUCGACUGUGGCCGUGUCAGCCCUCCUCCGUCUGGAAGCUCUUUCCCCGUCAAAACAUGGCCGUCGGUUUCGCUCAGAGCUGCAAAGAGGCUGUACACAUUUUUGCUCUUGAAAAAGAAAAGGCUUCUCAGGGCCAAAGGAUCUACCUGGUGACCAGUUACAGCGAGCUGUGGCAUUACUACAGAACGUACCCACAGUCGUUGAUGCACUGCUAUGAGGUGAUCCCAGAGGGAGCUGUGUGUAAGAUUUACUUUGACCUGGAGUUCCACAAACCUUCAAACAGAGAAUCUGAUGGGAAGUCUAUGGUGGCUUUGCUUGUUCAGUAUGUUUGUGACAAGCUGAUGGAAGUCUACGGGAUUAAAUGUUCGGUGAAAAAUGUCCUCAACCUCGACUCGAGCACGGAGGAGAAGUUCAGUCGUCAUCUUGUCUUCAUCCUGGAGAACGCUGCGUUCAAAGACAACCUUCACGUUGGCAGGUUUGUCCAUGCUGUUCUCCAACCAGUCAUCAAUAAAAUCACAGUUGAAAGUUGUCCAGAUGAAGGCCCAACAACAGAAGACAGUCAAAGUCGAGUUGUUUCUGAGCCGACUGAGGGUCCAGAGAUGAAGAGACGUAAGGAGGAAGAGAGAGACCUCAGCUUCCUCCUGGUGAAAAACAAAGAUGCACGAAACGGUCUUUUUGUGGAUCUCGGUGUCUACACCAAGAACAGGAACUUCCGCCUGUACAAGUCGUCCAAAGUGGGGAAGAACGCUGCGUUCACGGUAGCAGACGACAACGAGUUCGUUCCCGAACCUACAAGAGGCGUUUCUACCGAGGAGAGCGUUUUCCUGGCGUCUUUAGUGUGUAACGUCAGUUUUACAGCUCAGAGGAUUCUCACGUGGGACGCUCCAGAAAGAAGCGGACCUCAGUGUCAGCAGGGACCAGCUUCAAAUCCAGGCACGGUCUCCGGCUGCAGUUCGUCUCCGUACCAAGAAGUGGACAACUUUGUGUUGACCUUGGUCAGAAAGGAUGGGAUUCAAGGAUACGUGAGAAGAUGGAGCUACUUCGCUGCAGAGCAGCUUCUCGUCUACGACAUCAACAAGUACCGCUGGUGUGCCAACGUGGGCCGGUUCCACAAGAGCAACAACAUCAUGAUCGUUGUGGAUCUGAAGGAGGAGGUUUGGUACCAGAAGUGCCACGACCCAGACUGCAGAAACUUCCGGUCGUCGAGUUAUCCACUGCCGCAAGAGCUGUGCGUCCGCUACAUCCUGGCUCUGGACGAGGAGGACCAGGCGUACAUCAUGGACGACGCAGGCAACUUCCAGCCCGGCCGAGCGAGUCCAGACGACAAGACUCCCGACGUGUGGGGGGACGACCAGGAGUUCUUAGAGAGCCUGGACCAGUUCGAACAAACCGGCGAGAUCUCAGACCAGCUGCUGCUCGCCUGCGUGGACGAUGGUUCCUCCCUGCAGGAGGGGCAGACCGACCAGUAA